UUCAUUUGUUUUUCUCCUACUAAGAUAUUUGAGAAGAAACAUUUGAUGCUUGCAAUGAAACAUAACUGAGUACUCUAGUCUCUAAAGCUUUGAAAGAGCAACAUCUGAGCAUUAAAAGUUUCCUUUUGUUGCAUGUGUGUGUGUGUGUGUGUUUGUGUGAAUCUAUGUGGAAGUGCUGGAAGGUUUUUGAGUAUCUGAGCUAAUAAAAGCCUUGCAAACACAGAUGUCCCUCUCUGAGACCUGCAGAGGACAUAAUCCUCCAUCCUGGCAACAUUUCGACUGUUAUUUCAUUCUUAUUUGAGUUCUCCAUCCCGUCUUGAAGUCCUGUUGCUAAGCUCUUUUAAAAAAAAAAUCCCAUCCAUCAUCAUCAGCAGUAGGUUUUGUCCUUGUAACCGUGUUUCGCCUCAUGAAAGCAAUCAUUUUCAUUGCCUACGCAGUCUAUUCUUCUACCAAGGUCUGUUUCUGCAUCUCACAUGUUUUUUUAUAAUCAUCUACUUGAUUUACUCCUCUAUAAAAGAGAGCGAGAGCAGCUCUGUACAAAGCUGCAGCCUGGAGAUAUUUAUGUUGGAUUGCGAGUGCUGUUCUUCUAAAGCUGCGUCCCCUGGUGGGCUGGUUCCUCUCCGUGUUGAAUCACCUCCUUUAUUUCUUCUCCUCCUCUGAACUCCGGAAGCCCUUGAGGAGUGAGACCAUGGCAUCUCUUUCCUCUCGACGCUCUUCUAUCCUCUUUCUGUGUCUCGCCCUCGUCCUUUCUUUGCCCCCAUCCUGUUCUCCUGAAUCCCAGCGUGAAGAGCCGUCUCUCCAGCCCUCCGUCGCUCCAGAGGUUCCCUCAGAGCUCUACAGUAACCUGACCAACGACAGCGACGGCGCCGCUCUGAACAAACCAUGCAGCGAACCUGUGGAGUGCAGGCCUGGAAUCGUCCUGCCCGUAUGGAAGCCUAUCAAUCCCAGUCUCGGAGAGCAGAUCGUCCGGGCCGUCGUGUAUUUCGUCUCGCUCAUGUACAUGUUUCUGGGAGUGUCCAUCAUCGCUGACAGAUUCAUGGCAUCCAUCGAGGUCAUCACGUCACAGGAAAAAGAAGUGACCAUCACCAUGCCCAGCGGAGAAACGUCAGUGGCCACUGUGAGAAUCUGGAACGAGACUGUGUCCAAUUUGACCCUGAUGGCACUUGGUUCAUCCGCCCCUGAAAUUCUCCUGUCGGUUAUUGAGGUUUGUGGUCAUGGUUUUGAGUCUGGUGAGCUGGGUCCGGGCACCAUUGUGGGCAGCGCUGCCUUUAAUAUGUUUGUGAUCAUUGGAAUCUGCGUGUGGGUGAUUCCUGACGGUGAGGUGAGGAAGAUCAAACAUCUGAGAGUCUUCUUCAUCACCGCGUUCUGGAGUAUCUUCGCUUACAUCUGGCUCUACCUGAUCCUGUCCGUCAUCUCCCCUGGAAUCGUGGAGAUAUGGGAAGCUCUGGUCACUCUCUGCUAUUUCCCUGUGUGUGUGAUUCUGGCGUGGAUCGCUGACCGACGCCUCCUUUUCUACAAGUACAUGUCCAAACGGUACCGUGCUGACAAAAGAACAGGUGUUGUUGUGGAGACUGAGGGGGAAAUGACCCCCAAAGGUAUGGAGAUGAUGAUGGAUGGCAAGUUUCCACUGAGGGGCGGAGCCAUAGGGAUCAGCACACAGGAACAUUACCAGGAUGGAACCAGCAACACAACAGGCACCAUGGCAACUUUACCCAACUCCAACAGCACGACCGUUUACAUGGAAAGUGUCAAGGACCUGGACGAGAGCCGUAAAGAAGUGAUUCGUAUCCUGAAGGACCUGAAGCAGAAAUAUCCAGAUAAGGAGCUGGAUCAGCUGGUAGACUUGGCCAAUUACUACGCUCUCCUUCAUCAGCAGAAAAGUCGCGCCUUUUAUCGUGUCCAGGCCACACGCAUGAUGAUCGGGGCCGGUAAUGUGCUGAAGAAACACGCUGCUGAUCACUCUCGUCGUACUGUUGUGGUGGGCGGCAACGAGGCUUCGGAGGACGACGACCUGGCCGUCUGCAGCCGCAUUUCCUUCGAGAGUGCGCACAGCCAGUGCAUGGAGAACUGCGGCACCGUAAUGAUACCUGUGGUGUGUCGAGGAGGCCUGGGGGAGAGCACUUUCUACGUAGACUACUGUACGGAAGAUGGCACAGCCAACGCUGGAUCAGAUUAUAAGUACUGCGAAGGGACACUGGUGUUCAAACCUGGAGAAACCAGGAAAGACAUUAAGGUGGGCAUCAUUGACGAUGACAUCUUUGAGGAAGACGAACAUUUCUUUGUGCGUUUGCUGAAUCUGCGUGUCGGUGAUGCGGAAGGUAUGUUUGAGAGUGACGACAUGGAUCAGGCUCCCAAGGCCCGACUGGUUGAACCGCUGAUGGCUACAGUCACCAUCCUGGAUGACGACCACGCCGGGAUCUUCACUUUUACGGACCGCCUGAUGCGAGUGAGCGAGAGUGUAGGUACCAUGGAGGUGACGGUGGUCCGGAACUCUGGUGCCCGCGGAACCGUGAUCAUUCCAUACCACACGGAGCCCGGAACGGCCCAAGGGGGAGGGGUUGACUACGAGGACACACACGGAGAGCUGGAAUUCACCAACGACCAGACAACUCAGACCCUUCAGGUGAGGAUCAUUGAUGAUGAAGAGUACGAGAAACAUGAGAAUUUCUUCAUCGUUCUUGAGGAACCUCGCUGGCUGAAGAGGGGAAUCUCAGCCCUGCUGCUGAACCAAGAGGAUCCAGAGGGACAGUUGAGCACGGAGGAGGAGGAGGCCAGGAAGAUAGCGGAGAUGGGCAAACCUGUUUUGGGGGAGCACAGCCGACUGGAGGUCGUGAUCGAGGAGUCCUAUGAAUUUAAGAGUACCGUUGAUAAACUGAUCAAGAAGACUAACCUGGCGCUGGUCAUCGGCACUCAUUCUUGGCGAGAGCAGUUCGUGGACGCAGUGACCGUCAGUGCAGGUGAUGGAGACGAUGAUGAAGAUGAGGGUCGAGAGGAGCAUCUCCCGUCCUGCUGCGAUUAUGUCAUGCAUUUCCUGACAGUGUUCUGGAAGGUUCUGUUUGCGUUUGUUCCGCCCACGGAGUACUGGAACGGCUGGGCCUGCUUUGUGGUAUCCAUCAUUGUAAUUGGCCUCCUCACUGCGGUCAUUGGAGACCUGGCUUCGCACUUCGGCUGCACCGUAGGCCUCCGUGACACUGUCACCGCUGUGGUGUUUGUGGCUCUGGGCACUUCUAUCCCAGACACAUUCGCCAGUAAAGUCGCCGCUACUCAAGAUCAGUACGCAGACGCCUCCAUCGGAAAUGUCACCGGCAGCAAUGCCGUCAACGUGUUUCUGGGUAUCGGCGUGGCCUGGUCCGUAGCGGCCGUAUACUGGGCGAUCAAAGGCAAGCGGUUUUACGUGGACCCCGGCUCACUGGCCUUCUCCGUCACCCUCUUCACUAUUUUUGCCUUCAUCUGCAUGGGGGUACUACUGUUCCGGCGCCGGCCGUCUAUCGGGGGAGAGCUGGGCGGCCCUCGUGUCGCGCGUGUACUCACUACGCUCCUCUUUCUGGGUCUGUGGUUCCUCUAUAUCCUCUUCUCCAGCCUCGAGGCCUACUGCCACAUCGAGGGCUUCUAAACGGCCCCACAGAGAGAGGGCGCUUUUGAGGCUCAGAGCCAAUAAGCUACAUACAUCAACACACAAAAUUGCACACACACACUUACAAAACACGUAUUUGGUGAAUCGUUGAAUGCGUUAAUACAAGGACCAUUCAGCUUAGAUGUAUCCAAGAACCCUGGUAGAGAAUUUGAGAUGGAAGAAGUUCAGAGAAAAAGGAUGGUGUUUGAGAGAGGGUUGAAAGAAGAGGAGUUUAUGGAAAAGAAUGCAAAGCAUGUAGCAAAAGAGGGGGGAAAAAGAGUGUAAAGUACUAAAACAAAAGAGGGAGCGAUGAUGUAAAAUAGUCACAUUUAUAUCUUUUCGUCUCUCAAGCUCACGCAGAACUGAUGACUUUUGUUUAGCACUGCAGACAUUGUCACAUAACAGGUCUUUUUAUGGUUCAAGGGCACAAUACAUCAGAGCAAAGAGUAAGAGGUGUCUUCAGAGCUGAGAGGCAAACUAUAGUGAUGGUUUUUUAGAUGCUAAUGAAAAUGCAACAGCAAAAGAGCUGCUUAACAGAUCAGCAGUUUUGCUUAGGCUGUUUGCAUCAUUCUGCACUAAAGCACUCCCUUACGAUUGUGGCUUGACAUAUCGUACAAUAUGACUCCAGAAGUCUUGAGUAAAAGCCAAGACGGACUGAAAAUGCACGUCACACUAGACUUCAAGCAUGCAAAAUUACUUUAGACCCUGUUUACAAUGAAUUUGCGCAGCAGGAUAUGAUGUCAUGCUCUAGGGCUUCUUGUUUUAAUAAAUAAUAAAAUAUGAAUAACUACUAAUAAUGCAGUCUAGUGUGACCGCAUCUAACUUCAGUCAAGAUUGAAAUUGAAAUGGUACUAUACAAAUAAUGUUUCACCAGAGUGAUUGAUGCCAGAGUGCUCAUUCAUCAGAACGAACGCAAAGCAAAUUUGAUAGUAACGUGAUGGGAAUGCUAAAUAAUGAAAAAUUUGUUUUGCAUAAAAUAUUAAAAAAUAGUGAUCAUGACACACUAAACAAUCAAAGACUUUCAAUUGUGCCCUAUAAUGACAAAAAAAUGUUUAAUGAUCCCAGAAAUUUGUAUUAGGCAGCAAAACAAGAAUAUUCUAGAAUAGGGCUGCGCAGCGGUAGCUCAUGGACAGAAGAAUGAGAGAAGAUGGAAGUUAUUCAUUAAACAUUAGACUCAAUAUUCUGCUAGUUUAAAGACAUUGGAACCAGAUAUUUUCAUGUGGUUUUACAUGAAUGCUCUACUACACUUCAACAAUCCCUGUAAUUCAACAAACAAAACGUCUCACACAGUAUUAUGACUGGGAUCUGCUGAAAUGGAACACUGCUCUCGAUGACAUUAUAAUGAUUUGAAUCUUCAAUUGUUACAUUCAUUCUGCGCUUUCUGCUGCCUAGAGACAAUGGAACUCUCUCUGUGUCCACGUUUAAAAGUGUCAAUGUAAAAAUUCCACUGGAAAACACCCGCCGUCAUCUCCAUAUCUCCAAGCCUACCGGGAUGUGUGCGAAACUGUUUUCCACUCUUUAGUAUGAGACCACAGCAGUGUUCAGAGUAUGCUUGCAGUGGCUGAAUGAGGUUCAGUCCGGUCAAAGUACCUGAAAGUUUAUCUUCUUAAUACAGGUUUAUUAGGAGGACAAAUGAUUUGGAUGUCAACUUUAUUUGGGUGCAAAAACUUAAGUGUGAUUGCAUUCAUUUUGAUGCAUCCAAGUCCUCAUAACAAAACACUAAAGUUAAAGCAUCAUUGUACAGUUUCUCUCUGCAUUGUGUAAACCUGUUUGGGGCUCUAGAACAAUUAAUGAUUUAAAGAGCUGCGCAUUGAUUGGUUCUUUAUAAACUCGUUAGCUGAUUAGGCUCAUUAUUCGUGGGGCUGAAAGCUGAUUAGUCCUUGAAUCGUCUGGUCUCUGACAGAUUCACAAUAAAAUGUUGUUUACUUGUAGAGCACUCAGGAUUGUGUGUAUAUGUACGUUAAAGGGAUUCUAAGCGUUUUUAUGUCGUCAGCUCAUUUGUCCGGUUUGUAGAUGUUUGUGGUGUGUGUAUUUGUGCUAUACUUCAGGGCUGGACUUUUGUCUGUGGUCUAGUCAAUUGAAAUGCAUGAUGGAGUACAUAUUGGCAGAUCUAUAAUGGCAUGCUUUGACUCUGAAGACAUGCAUGAAUUUGAAGUUUACAAUGUCUGUUACUAAAAGGGACGACAGAUUCUGUCGACUGCAACGAUGGCUGCCAGAUCUCUUUUAUGAUAUUUUGGUGUGAGAUCAGUACUUAAUUAACUACAUUUAAUUUAUUUGAAGGGAUUGUUCACCCAAAAAUGAAAAUUUUCCCAUGAUUUACUCGCCCUCAAGCCAUCAUAGGUGUAUAUGACUAUCUUCUUUCAGACUAACACAAUCGGAGAUAUAUUUAAAAAUAUCCUGGCUCUACCAAGCUUUAUAAUGGUAGCGAACAGGGAGCCUGUUUAUGAUGCAUCCAUCCAUCAUAAAUAUAAUCCAUACGACUCCGAGGGGUUAAUAAAGGCCUUCUGAGGCGAAGUGAUGGGUUUUUCUAAGAAAAAUAUCCAUAUUUAAAACUUUAUUAACUAUAAUAACUAGCUUUUGGCAGACAGCCGUACGCCUCGAUUUGCGGUGGAAGAGUAACCUCUGACCCGACACAUGACGUAAUGAUGAACGCGGAAGAGGAUAGAGUAAAACAAAACACCAGUAACAAAUUAGAAGUCUAAAAUUAUAAAUUUUAAAGAGAAAUGUCACAGGAUUUCAAUAGAAGAGGAGCUUCAGUUUGUGCUCUGCCCUAUUUGUUAACGCAGUAUGCGUAUUGUUGUCUGGCAAAAGCUAGUUAUUUUAGUUAAUAAAGUUUUAAAUAUGGACAUUUUUCGUGAAAAAAAAAAAUUCGUUUCGCUUCAGAAGACCUUUAUUAACCCCCUGGAGUCGUAUGGAUUAUAUUUAUGAUGGAUGGGUGCAUUUUGUGGGGGGGCGCCCCCUGUUCACUACCAUUAUAAAGCUUGGUAGAGCCUUGAUAUUUUUAAAUAUAUCUCUGAUUGUGUUUGUCUGAACGAAGAUAGUCAUAUACACCUAGGAUGGGUGAGUAAAUCAUUGGAUAAUUUUCAUUUUUGAGUGAACUAUAUCCCUUUAAGAGCAGAUCAGGAUUUCUUAUUUUCAAGAAUGAAAAUAAAAGAAAAAAACAGCACCAUUAAUCUGUAUUUUCACACGACAAGCUUUGCUUUAUCUCACAUUUUCACAUUUCUCACGUUGAACAACGUUCAUGCCUUUGUUUAAAGUUUAGCAGAGAGAAAUAGGUUCUCUGACUUAGAUGCUGUGUGAAUGAUAAAGCAUGAAAUCUUGUUUUAUACUUGCUCAACAUCAGCAUCAACUUAAACUGGCUUAAACGGACUGUUAAAACACAUCAGUAGAAAAUUGUUCAGUGGGGGGUUCGAUUUAGAAAAUGUAAGAAAAUGUUUCUUUUCUUUAACAGAGAUUUUCAUAUUUGAAACCCUGAAGGACGGGGUGAAUCCUAGAUUAGCAGAAUCCUGAAUCUGUUUUCGUUCCCAAUUAUUGCCUUAAGAAACGUAUUGAUUAUUUAAUGUUUAGCUAAAAACAUUUCAUAACUGUAUCUGUUUUGUGUUACAUGUUAAUGUGUUCAUGUUUUCUCUGAGUACAACAGAAACCAAAUUGAUUGAGACAAAGUGUGCAAUAUGCGAACAUACCCUGAGCAACAGCAGUACGUCCUGCACUGCCGUUGCAGUAACCCUUCAGUAAUACUUGGUGCCUAUCCUGACCCUUUUGCUUGCUUCCAGAUUUUCUUUAGUGCAUGAAGGCGUUUUCUUCUCAUAACACUACAAAGAGAAAGUGCAAUAAAUCUGACAAAUGACAAGGAGUGUGAUAGAGAAAGUUAAUGUUUUUUCUAAUAUUAUUUGAUCUUAUGUUUUUUGUGGAAUCAAGCUGGAGUUUAUCUGUAGAAAUCACCCAUUGCCCUGAAUGUCAGAUGUUUACUCUUUUUACAACUCUGUUGAAGUCGAAAGCUUUGUAAAACUUUUUGGAAUACAACAUUUUCAGUAGGUGAUUUUUCUAUUUCCAAGUGUACUCAAAUUGAUAGGAACCUCAAUAGUUAUUAAUGUAGUGGUUUUUGAUAACUAUUUCCAAGAUGUUUAGAUAUUCUCAGUAGGUUUACUUGGGUUCCAAGAAAUCACCGUAUGUUGUAUGAUAAUUCAGACUCCAUUUGCAGUGUUUAUUAUCUAUCUAUCUAUCUAUCUAUCUAUCUAUCUAUCAAUUGUUCCAUAUAGCGUUCCACUGAACGUUCCAUCUAAUGUUCUAUUGAUCUAUCGUUCCAUCCAUCUAUCUAUCGUUCUAUCUAUCUAUCUAUCUAUCUAUCUAUCUAUCAUUUGUUUUUGAAUUACAAGUAAUAUGUCUCUGUAAAACAGUUUCUUGUGCACUGGGCCAAAGGCUAUUUUUAUUUAUUAAUUAAUUUACAAGGAAUUUAACUCAUGAUAAGAGUAGAAUACACUGUAGCUGUGACCGUCUUGUCUGUUAACUGUGUUUUAAGGGCAUGUUCAUUGAGAAAAUGCCAUCUUGGCUUUUUCCAACACAUGUCUGGUGAUGAUGUUGCAUUUCUGAGCGGUUGGACUGUUCAUUACUGUAAAUGUGAAGCUGUACAUGUGCCUCUAAUGUGCAAAAAUGCAUGAAGUACCUGUUUGUACGCAUGAGCUGUUAUUAGUGUCAAAGUUUACAUUUACUGUAUCAUCCCGUCGUUUGUUUCUUAUUUUGCUUUUGGUUUUUUGGGGUUUUUUUACUUGCAGGUAUUUUUUACCCUAUUCACACAAUAUUCGAUUAAUAAUCUUCCUUGUUUUAGAAUAGAAUUGGAAGUGAGGAAGAUAUUGACAAACAGUUUGUUACACUUAAUUUCCUUUCUGCCUAGAGAAAUGUGAAAAAAUAGUUAUUACUUUUCAUGUUAUGAAUCUCUGUCUUGUCCUCAGAGUUUUGUAUGUUGUCUGUCGACCUGUGUUCUCUGCCUUGUUUUUGUGCACUUCUAUCUGUGAUCAUUCUCUUUUUGCCUGUUAAAUUACUUUAACAUUGACUGACAAUGUCAGAAAUAAAAAAAAAUUAUGUGACAUUAAUAUAUAUAUAUAUCAAAUACUGUAAUAAUUCACUAGAAAGUAAUAUUUAAAGUUUUUAUGUUUGUAUGUUUUUUUGUUCUGUUUUCGUUCAUUUUUUAUGUAAGUAGCAGAAAAAGUCAAAAGACAAAACUAAAGGUGGAGAACUUUUGUUUUGAAGAACAUGGCAUGAUGUGUAAUGUGUCAAAAGAAGAAAAAAUAAUGAUGUAGCUGCUAGAGCUCAAGCAGACCUUAUUGAAUAUAGUUUAUUUAUUUUAAACAUGUACUGUCCUUGAGUGGUUUGUAAUAACAUCUAUAUAUAAUGCAUCAAAAUUCAAAGUAUUGGCUCUCCGUGUGUAAAGGCCUGUUACUGUUAACUUGUACCAAUCAUGCAAACAGAACAUGAAAAAUGUACAGAUCAGAUAAUUCACUCAUCUUUCAAAUAAAUCCAUCAGUUGUUAUGCCAUCUAGUGAUCACAAAAGUCAAGUUCAGAGAGCUGUCUUGGUGAAAUAGGUCAGUUUUGAUUAGCAACGUAUCAUUAUGUUUAACACUCGACAGUUUGCCAUUCCAGUAAGCUUUCUAUAUUCAUCAAAAAACAUAAAAAUAGAGAAACACUCUGACUUUUCACCAUCAAAACUAUUCUAGGAUCAGUGUUCAUUUCAGAAAUGGCACCUAGGAUUGCAAAAUGUAUACUUCUGUUAUUAUUUCUUGCUUAGUGCAUCAUAAAUGUCCUCCUCAGCUAAUAUAUGACUGUAUGUUUUUAAUCUUCAUGUUGCAAAUUCACUAUUCUUUAAGAAAAAAUGAAAAUGAAGUUACUGUAACUACACAACACUUGCUUUGUACUGCAUUGACAAACCUUAUUUUAAAGCCUGUAGCUUCAAAAAGUAAAAAAGAAAAGAUGUGUGUGAGUUUUUGGUUGUAUGUUUGUAAUUGAAUUUCAUCAUCUGGACCCUAUCCAAGACACCUUGUCUUUGUGCCUAAGCUGUCACCUUGUUCAGAAAUUAAGAGGUAGGAUUGGUAAUUGAACAUGUUUUGUUCUUUCAGAUCUAGUUCAUCCACUAAAAUCAUCUCGUAACAUUGAGGGAAUUUUUGGGCCACUAGAACACUUUCGUAAGGCAGUACAGUCACUAAAAAGGUUACAGCUGAAUAACAAUUUGUAAAAGAAAAAAUAAUAAUUCUGCAAGUAAAAAGUUUAGGCAAUGCCUAGAGGUCGCGCGCUCGAGUGGAGGACUGAAAACCUCACUAUAUGGCGUAACAAACUUGCACAUGGAGCACCGCGACAAACCGAGUGACCCCGAGCCACGGGUACCGUGACAUCACGCAUCGGACCCCGGCACGCGCCACCGCGGAAAGUCCAAUCACAGCUCGCGCUCCACACACCCAUGAGCGCGUGCUACAAACCGCUGCCUCGGCUUCCAUACAAACCGUUCCGGGAGGCGCGCGCCGUUGAUCAGUGUUUAUGGUAUUCAGUCAGCGUGAUUUCACAGGUGAGCAGGUGUGCUGCGUGUAAAAAGUUAAAUUGUCUGUCUCUGGAAACGAAUUAAGGUCAGUGUGCGAUUUAUUCGAUUACUUUAAACGGGGUCGAUAUUUAUGUCAGUAAUUUUUGUGGCGCGCAAGCGGUUGAGAGUCUGGCACAGCAUUCUAGCACUAUUUAAAGUCUUUAAAUACGUUUAAAAUACGUCUAAAGACGUUUAAAACAGACCCCCAACAUGUUUUGCUGAAUAUAUGUAAACCUAUAAUAAAGUGAUAAAUGGUUACUUACGGGUUGUUGAUAUAGGCUACCGUCCGUUACUGAUCCGAACUGAAAUCGCUUGAUCGGCGAAUUGUUGCUAUGGUUACUUCUCAAAUGAAGGCGAAUUAUGUUCACGAGCGUCUAUUUAUUUAACGUAAUUUAAACUUUUGCAGUUGCUGAAAUAUUUGAAAAGGCUGUUGACAUGUAUAUGAAAAAAAAAAACUAGUUUUAAAACCACUCAGCGUUUUAAUUUCUAAGUGUUUCUAAAAGUUGAGGCAUUUAAACAAAUAAAAGGGUCAUGUGCUUGAAAAUAUCUUCAAGAGACUUUAAAGGUUGUUUACCUCUCAUUCCUUAGCGAGUCUGGAAUAAAAUUAUGAAUCAAAUUAUGAUUAGGAAGGGCACACAGAGACGCUUUUAUGUCUUGUUGAGUGGGAGAGGUCAUGAGAUUGAGCUGUGGCAGGUAUUUAGUGUCUGUAAACACCAAGCAUUUUAAACUUGUGUCAUUAUUGUGCCUUUGCGUUAAUAAGCCUAUUCAGUUUCAUAAGCUUUACUGCUUUCUAAACGGUUGAGCUUGUAUGUUUUAAUUUUCAGUGUUUGAAUUCAUUAAAUGGUGCUUGAUCCAA